AUGGUCGGUCCGGGUGCUACGGAGACGGUUAUUGAUCUUGACGAAGGCGUGGAAAACAGAAAUGGUACGCUUAUUUGUCGUGGAGGAAUGGGGUCGGGAAUUGGACCUGGUCCUUUGCCUCAUAGCAGGUAG